AUGAAUAUCAUUAAAAGGCUGCUGUCCAAUGCGAAUCAGGCCUCAGCAGACGAGCUGAUUCUGAUUCCUUCUGGUCAGCUAUAUUUGAUUCGGUCUCCGAAAUCCCCCAAGUCCGAAAACGAGUGCCUUUUCAGUGACGUUGUUGUUUCAAUUAGGGAGACCUCCUUGCCCUUCAACUAUCAGUUAAGCAUCAAUAAGACUGGAGAGGAGGGCCAGGGGCUUUUGGAUGACGAUGAAUUGGAUGCGUCAGACAAUGAGGAAGAGUUUGAUACAGACACCAGUUCACUGAAGUCGUUCCUUAUUGAUGAAAAACUCAAAAUCUGUUUGUUCCAGAAACACGGCACCUACGUCAUUGCGUGGAAGGACCUAGAUGGAGACAUUGGCGACAUGUUUGAGUUUCGUGUUGAUCCGUCCGUUUCUGUGGAAAGCAUCAACCAGUUCAUGUUGGCAGUGUACAAAUGCGAGUACGAGAGAAAGUAUAAAAAGUCGAGCCUAAAUCUCAAAUUGGAGGAUCUGCAGGAAUUUGUUUUCGAUAGAGAAUCUUUGUUUGACGACGAUCCCGACUUAUUGUCUACUCUACGCACAUCUGCUAAUAUUCACUCUAGCAAAGCAGUGGAUGACUCUGACUCUGAUGACAACUUUGAAGACGCUCUCGAGGUUACUGACCCAAAGCUCUUGUUUUACACCAACGCAGACCUUUUACUGUACGAUGAGGUCACGAAUGAUUACCAGCUGAAGGUAUCCUCUGCAUUGGCUAGAAUAUUGCAAAAGGAUGCCUGGAGCUACGAUUUAGAAGUGAUCUCCCCAGAAACUAAGAAGACCCUGGUGAAUGUGAGCAUCACCAAUUCAAUCGACGCUGCUUUUGACUUUGACUCGCUCUCGCUCACAUUCAACGUGGACUCAGACUCAUUAGUGCUCACGUGGGCGCUUCAAUUCCCCAGCAGAAAAAGCUACGAGGAUUUCCAGCAAGGGUUCAUGAAGUGUUUGUACGAAACCAACAACAAGACCAGCUGGGUGACCUUGAAAGAUGACGAGCAGCAAUUCAUGAUUGACGCCAUCAACAACCUCAAAAUAGAUGAGAUGGACGUUGACGAAGACGAAUCGGAAGAUGAAAGUGACGACGAAAAGCCGUCCAACAUCGGAAACAACAAGCUAUUCGUGUCCGAUAGCGACAGUGACGAAGAUGACGAGAACGGAUUAAUGAAGCGUUUCCGCGCGAGCGGAGUCAAUAGCGGCAUGAAGCUGGCGUACAAAGAUGAGUUGGCGUUUGUUUCGCGUGGAGACAAAUUGGGAGUUUUCCGAAUGGACCAAGACUCCAAGCCUCAGUUCUCCACAGCGAUCGAAAACAUAUCCAGUGCUACGAAGAAGGGCAAAUCAAUUAGUCCAGGAAACAUGAUGCUGCAAAAAGGUGAUACUAUCAUGAUAUUACAGGAUAAAAAUGACAAGGACAAGUUGUACAAGAUGGAUUUAGAAUAUGGUAAGGUGGUAGAAGACUGGGAGUUGAAGAAGAAUAAUUCUGAGCUUCCGGUGGUCAACUUCGCCCCAAAUGAAAAGUUUGGAGAGCUUACUGAAGACCAGACGUUUUUGGGACUGUCGCAUCAGUCGCUGUUCAGAGUCGAUCCUCGUUUGCGCGAAAAAGUGGUCGACAGCGAAUUCAAACAGUACAAGACCAAGACCAACUUCACACAAAUUGCAACGACUGAGGAUGGAUACAUUGCUGCAUCCACCAAGAACGGGGAAAUAAAGCUGUACGACAAGCUGGGAAAAAACGCAAAGACCCUUAUUCCAGCCCUCGGCGACGAGUUUGUUGGCCUGACGACAUCCGACGACGGAAGGUUUGUCUUGGCAACAUGCGACAAGUAUCUUCUGUUGCUAGACGUGAAAAUCAAACAGGGCAGAAACAAGAACAGCCUCGGGUUUGAGAAGUCGUUCGAUAAGGACUCCAAACCCGUCCCCAAGAAAUUGUCUCUUAGACCCGAACAUCUUGCAUAUAUCCGCAAUGCUACUGGUAGCGAACCUCAUUUCACCAAGGCCAACUUCAGCAUUAAUAGAAACACCAAGAAAAAAGAGCCAACUGCGAUCGUCACAUCUGUGGGUCCGUUUGCCAUUAUUUGGAAUUUUAAGAAAGCAUUGCAAAACGAUAGCGCUUCUUACAGCAUUAUGAGAUACGACUCCAAUAUCACUUCUGGAGACUUCAAGUUCAACGACUCUAAGAAAGUGGUGUUUGCUCUUCCUAAUGAUGUCUCGAUGGCCAGCAACAGGGCUUUUAAAAAGGCCUCUGAACAAUUCAGCGUGGUAGAGUCACGGUAUUAG